AUGACUCGUCCCGACCCUUCCUCCAAAGCACAAAUUGGAAGGGUUCCAGCUGAUGCAGACCCAAACGUGGUCUGCCAAGUCCUCGAAGACGACGGGGCGGUGAUUCUCGAAGGCGUCUUCUCCGACGACACAAUUAGCCGCUUCAACCGGGAGCUGGAUCCAGCUGCAAAGGCUGCCGAAAUGACAGCGAAGACGAACCAGGAGCUUCAGUUCCACCUUCAGUCAAACUACGUAUUCAAUCUGCCGGGAAUCAGCAACACCUUCCGAAAUGAUAUUCUGAACAGCCCUGUUCUCCACGGCCUAGCCAAAAAGAUCUUCCAAGAGACCGGAGACUACUGGCUAACCGCGGCAUUCCUGAGAGAGCUUCACCCAGGCACGACUGCCCAAAACCUGCACCGCGACGAAGGGAGCCACCCUCUGCUUUCCCACCAGAAGCCUGGCGCACCGCCAAUUACCACAAGUUUCAUCCUUGCCCUGACAGACUUUAAACGAGAUAAUGGCGGGACUCGCGUCAUUCUUGGAAGUCACAAAUGGCCGGAGAUCGGGGAUCUGACGGAUGCUCAGACCGUGUCAACGGAGAUGAAGGCCGGGGAUGUGCUUGUUCUAGCCCAGGGUGUGAUACAUGCCGGAGGGGCACACCCUGUGGACGUUCCUGACCCGCGACGUGCGGUGUUGGUUUUCUUUAGCAGCUGCCAGAUUACUCCCUUUGAGACUUACAUGGCCAUGCCACGCGCGGUUGUUGAGACCAUGACCCCACUUGCUCAGAAAAUGGUUGGCUGGAGGUCUGUAAAACCUGGUCACUCGAACGAGUCCCGCUUGCAUGCUUCAGGAUCUAAGCUCCUCGAAGAAGCCAAGCAGGUCAUCCACCCGAACGUGACCGGCCUCCAUAAUGCAGGAUCAAAGCUCCUCGAAGAUGCACUGCAGUUGAAGGCCAACCAGCCGCUGGGCAACGGGAUGUGA